CUGGCUGCCCCACACCAGCGCUGCCAUGGGGCCAUGUUGGGCAUUGGAUAUCCUUGUCCUCCUCCUCCUCCCGUCUCUCCUUGGGGGCAGCACCCAGGACCCUGAGCUGGUGCUGGUGGCUCCUCGACUCGUGGCCCUGGGGACCCCUGUGGGGCUGCUGGUGGCGGCCGUGGGGCCAGUGACAGGGACGGUGACAGCCUGGCCCGGGGAGAGUGACCGUGGGGGGACACCCUGCGCCCUCCCGGUCCGCUUCGACCUUGGAACCCACAACGACUUCAGCCAGAUCCUGAACAUUGAGGUGACCCCGGAGCAGGCCAGGCGCUGUGGGGCGCUGGAGGCCGCCGUGGAGCCAACACUGCUGCUGGAGGCCCAAAGCCCCCACUUACUCCCCCAGAGGGUGCGUGUGGGGCUGGGGGGACCCCGGGGGGUGCUCCUGCUCCAGACCGACAAACCCCUCUAUGCUCCACGGCAGACAGUGCGGUUCCGCGUCUUCUCCCUGGACCCCGACCUGCGCCCAAACACGGAGCCCAUCCUGGUCACCAUCACGAACCCCCUGGGGGCACGAGUGCGGGAAGGGCAACGGGUGCCCAUGGGACCGGUGCUGAGUGACCAGAUCGUGCUGCCCGACAUUGCUCCUGUCCCCUCUCCCGGGGGGCAGGUGGAGGCGGGGUCCCCGGGGUCCCCCCCGGUGCGGGCACAGAUGACGGUGACACCGGUGGCCCCAGUCUCGGGGCGGUUCCUGCUGUUGGAGGGUCCAGGGGGACCCCUGCGCCCCGGAGAUCUGCUGCGGCUGCAGCUGCGUGAUGUGGGCCCCCCCCCGGCCCCCCACAUCUACCACCUGCUGGCGGUGGCGCGGGGGCGGCUGGUGGCUGCUCGGGGAGUGCGUCGGGGGACGGUGACGGAGGUGACGCUGCCGGUGACCCCGGCCAUGGCCCCACGGCUCCGGCUGGUGGCCUUCUUCCAGGCCGAGGGGCAGCUGGUGGCUGCCAGCUGGGCAGUGCCCGUGGUGAGCUCCUGCCACAGCCAGGUGCGGGUGGAAGUGGGGCGGCGGGGGUCCCCCCUGCGCCCCCAGACACCGCUGAAGGUGACGGGGAAGGUGACGCUGCCGGGGGCCCCCGCGGCCACCCUGGCCCUGUCGGCCACCGACGCCACCCUCCUGGAGCUGGAGCCACGGCACCGCCUGCGCCCUGCCCAGGUCACCCCAAAACUGAGACACCCCAAACCCUUCUGUGCCCCCCCCACCAGGUCGCGCUUCCCGGCCCCUGGGUGUCCCCCCACCCCCCCCCGCCCCCGUCGCUCCUCGAAGCUGCUGGAGCUGCUGGAGACAGGUGCCCCCCGGGGGAAUGACACGGUGGCGGGGCGCUGCUGCCGGGACGGGGGGGUGAAGCUGCCGCUGCAGGUGACAUGUUCCCAGCGGGCCCAGCGCGUCCCCGAGGCCGGGGGUCUCACAGUGUUCCUUCCCGACUCCAUCACCACCUGGGAGAUCCAGGCCAUCGCAGUCAUCCCUGGCCACGGCCUGUGUGUGGCGGUGGCCCAGCGGGUGACGGUGACCCAAGACCUCUAUGUGGCCCUGCAGCUGCCCCCCAGCACCCGCCCCCACGAGCAGCUGCAGCUCCUGCCCCACAUUCACAGCAGACUGCCCCACGGUGUCAACGUGACGGUGACACUGGCGGUGGCUGAAGGGGUCUGUGCGGGGCUGGAUGGACCCCCCCGGCACCUGGAGGUGCCCCCUGGGGGGACGGUGGCCCUGCCCCUCACCCUGGUGGCCCUGCGUCCCGGGGAUGUCCCUGUCACUGUUACUGCUCGCGGGCCCUGGGGGCUGGGCGACAGGAUCACCCGUGUCCUCCAUGUCGAGCCCGAGGGGGAGCUGCACCUGGAGGAGAACAGUUACGUCCUGGACACUGAUGGCAAGGAGGGUCGGACUCUGGAGAUCCCCGGGGACAUCCCAGCUGGCAUCAUCCCCGAUGGGGAGUUCAGUGUCAGCAUCCGCGUCACUGGCCGAGUGGGGGGCUGGGCGGUGCGGGGGGCACUGGGGACAGGGGCGAUGCUGCUGCGGUCCCCGCGGGGGUGUGGGGAGCAGGCGCUGAUGGCCCUAGCCCCCCGUGCUGCCGCCCUGCGCUACCUGGACCACAGCGGGGGCUGGAGGGCUCUGCCCCCUGAUUCCCGCGCCCGUGGCCUGCGUGGCCUCCAGAGAGGCUUUGAGCGGGUGCAGAACUUCCGCAAGAGCGACGGGUCCUACAGUGCCUGGCAGCACCGGGGGGGCAGCACCUGGCUGACGGCGCUGGUGCUGCGGGUGCUGGCCCUGGCCCGUCCCUACCUGCCGCUGGAUGCUGGUGGCCCUGGGACAUCCCUGCGGUGGCUACUGGGACAGCAGCGGCCCGAUGGCGCCUUCCGUGAGAACGAGCCUGUCCUGCACAGAGAGAUGCAGGGCAGUGUGGCAGAUCCAGGUCCUGAGGCCACUGUGUCCCUGACAGCCUUUGUGGUGGUGGCCCUGCAGGGGGCACGUGUCCUCCUACCACCGGACAGCCCUGACCACCCCCUCUUGGAUGAGGCUCUGUCUCGAGCUGUCACCUUCCUGCGUGGCCAUGUGGAGACAUUGGGGACAUUUGGGACAGCCAUCACCACCUACGCGUUGGCACUGGGGGACACUGGCCCCCCCGGCCCCUCCCCCACCCUGGAGCGCCUGCGCCGCCUGGCCCGGCCCGCCCAGGGUGGCCGGGCGCAGUUCUGGCCAGCCGGUGGCCCGGCGGCCACAGUGGAGGCCACGGGCUACGGGCUGCUGGCGCUGCUGCAGCUCCACGACGGGGCCGGCGCUGCCCGGGCGGCCCGAUGGCUCCGGGAGCAGAGCAACUACGGCGGCGGCUUCCGCUCCACACAGGACACGCUGGUGGCCCUAGAGGCACUGGCCCAGAUGUGGUUGCAGUGGGGGGAUGCAGCUGGAUCUGGCCUCAGCCUGGGGCUGUCCUGGCCUGGAGGAGCCCGGGGGAGACCUGGGGAGACACAGUUGACACUGGGACCCGGCCUGCAAUCGCUGGAGAAGGAGCUGCAGGCUCCCCUGGGCAGCCCCAUCACGGUGCGGGUGGAGGGACACGGCGAAGGGACCCUGAUGGUGCUGCGCCAGUUCCGCCUGAUGUCCCCCCUCAACGGCUCCUGCCAGGGGCUGGGCUUGGGGGUGGCCAUCACUGGACCAAUCAUCUACGAGGAGGAAGACUAUGAGGAUGAUGAGGAGGAGGUGGAGCUGGAGGAGGAGGCGGAGCCUGUGAAUGGGACUGGGCCUGAGGGGGUGGAGCCAAAUGAAGAGGCGGGGCCUGCAAAGGGGGUGGAGCCUGCCGAGGCCACUGCCCCCCUGCUCCCUCGGCGGCGGGAAGGGCACGACCCCGCCAAGGAUGUUGCCUUCCUGGUCUGCAUCUGGCGGGAGGCGGGGGUGGAGUUGUCGGGGAUGGCGGUGGCCGAGAUCUCCCUCCUGAGUGGCUUCCGGCCCCACCAGGCUGACCUGGACAAGGUGGAGGGGAGGGGGGUCGGGGGGCUGCCGGGGAGUCUAGGGGGGCAUUACGCGCUGCUGGUUCGGGUGCUGGAGCAGAGCGAGGCUGGGCCCUUCCUGGCCUUCGAGCUGGAGAUUCUGGAGGUGUUAAUGGGAGAGGUGGCCGCGGGGGGCCGGGGCCGGCUGCUGUUUCGGGGCAGUUGCCCCCUGAGGCUGCGCCCCCAGCGGCGGUUCCUGCUCAUGGGGGGGGAAGGGUCAGUGGCCGGGACCAGCCAGAGCCCCCAGUUCCUGCUGGGUCCCCACUCCUGGCUGGAGGAGGCCCCCUCCCGGCCCCACUGUGGCCCCGCCCCCAACUGCCGCCCCCUGCUGGAGUUCAUGGAGACCCUGCGCUCCCGCGGCUGCCCCUUCUGAGCGGGGCGGGGGGCGGCACCUGGAGCCCCUGGGAGAUACUGGGAGACACUGGAAGACACUGGGACCACACUGGAAGAGACGGGGAAUGUGCUGGGGGGCAACUGGGAGCAACUGGGACCAUGCUGGAAGCAACUGGGACUAUAUUGGGGCAACUGGGACUAUACUGGGGCAACUGGGAGCAACUUGGACCACACUGGAAGCAACUGGGACCAUGCUGGAAGCAACUGGGACUAUAUUGGGGCAACUGGGAGCAACUUGGACCACACUGGAAGCAACUGGGACUAUGUUGGGGCAACUGGGAGCAACUUGGACCACACUGGAAGCAACUGGGACCAUGCUGGAAGCAACUGGGACUAUAUUGGGGCAACUGGGAGCACACUAGGGCAACUGGGACCAUGCUGGAAGCAACUGGGACUAUGUUGGGGCAACUGGGAGCACACUGGGGCAACUGGGAGUUAAUAAAGCAACUGGGACCACACUGGAA